AUGAGUUCAUUUUAAAGUGUGUUUGAAACAUUUUCAGCUAAUUAUAAACACAAUGAUAUGGUGAUAGGUGAUAAUGGAAAGAUUGUUGAUGAUACUUCUUCUAAUGGUGGUGGUUAUUGUAUGUGUGAGAAAGUGAUUCCAAAAAUAGGUGAAAUACGGUUUGAAUUUGAAAUACUUAGAAUUGCUAAUUGGUGUGAAGUUGGAAUCGGAUUUAGAGAAAUGAUUAAAUAAAAUGAAUAUAAAGGUGAUGGUUAAGGUAAAGGAUCAUAUUUGUUAGGUAAUUCGGGUUCAACAUAUUUUCAUCUUUCAAAUAAUACUCAAGGAAAAGCAUUUAAUUUCUAAGUUAAUGAUAUAGUGAUAAUAGAAGUGAGUGUAGAACAUAAAUAUAUAAAAUGGUCUAAAUCUAAUUCACAAGAUUAUUUAAUCACACAAAUUGAUACAUCCUAAGAUUUAUAUCCAUGUGUCUAUAUGAAAAAUUCCAAAAUUAAAAUCAAAUGA